CUCGAGGCACUUUCUCCUCAAGCAUAAUAGCACGACGGAGAAUGCCUUUCUCCUCAGUCCGCUUCCUGCAUCUCAUUAAACAAGACGGAGCUCCAUUGUCUCAGCACCCACGGCGAGGUGGUCCGAUACAGACUGCACUCCGAUCUCAGGACAAAUACGACACAGCACUGCUCUCAUCCACUUUAUUCUGCGUGGGUCGUCCUGGGCUGGGAGGUUUGUGCCAGAGUCGAAUUACUGUUCCGUGCGACUGAAUAUUCUCUGGAGUCUCAUUUCGGUAAGAAACCAGGUGGACAAAAUAAUUGAGGACGUCUCCAAAAAGAAAGCGAGGGCUGACUCUUUGGAGAAAGUUUAAGCUGCUGCUCUCUCGGUCGGAGUCAACUUCCAAGGUUUUGCAGAGUAUCCACUGCUGCGAGGGGCGAGAUUGACGUGAAAUCCAGAUAAGUGCACAGGAGAGAUGAGUGACGCUGAAAAUGUCUCUGGGGUCGACUCUCGAGAGAAAACCAAGCUCUGGUUGGAGGACAUUUUGCAGACGUACUACGCCAAGAAGAGCAAGUCGCCGCCACUCAGACCAGAUCAAGUGCCCAUCACGAUCCUUGAUUUCGACAUUGGCCCAGGAUUCACGGUGGGUGCGGGUGAGGGGCCUGUGUCCACCCUCUCCGAUCUCCUCUCCCUUCACGUUCGCUACAAGAUGACUCCAGACUCAAAUGAGGAAAAGACUGAAAACUUACUCGUCAAGAUCCCACCCAACGAUCCCAAUGACAGAGAAAUGGCACAAAUGGCUCAAGUGGACAGGAGAGAAAUUCAUUUUUACACUGAUGCCUUACCACAGCUGGAGGAAUGGUCAAAGACGCGUAAUGCGGACAUUAAGUUGGCCGUUCCUCGCUGUUAUUUUGCCAAGUACCACACGCAACCAGCCGCAGACGGUCAGGGAGAGGAUGAUAUGAGUCUCGUGAGUGACGCCGAGUCAGUCCUGGUUUUGGAAGAUAUGCGCCCUGUCGGGUUCUCCAUGAGGGACUUCAAUAAUGGGCUUUCAUUGGAAGAAGCCCACGCUGCCCUGGGUCGCAUCGCAGUGGUCCACUCAUUGUCAUGGGCAAUGCAAGAGGUGACUGGGAUUCCGCUAGACGAGACAUGGGAACUUACCUACCGACCCCACAAAGCUGCUUCCGCUUACAAGACAAUGAUUGAACAUGGAUUCCCGACCUUGUCCCAUUUUCUGGAAAGGCAAGAACCAGAUGGUAAAGAAAUAUUGGGUAAGCUUCAAGCCCUACACCCCAGAGCAACCGAACUCUUAUACGAGCUGCUGAAACCCCCACCACCCCCGGCGCCCGCAUGCUUGACCCACAUGGACUUUUGGUGCAACAACCUCCUCUUCAAGAAGACGACUGGUGGGAAGAACUCGAAGGGGGCCAUUUCCAAUGGGAGUGCUAGCAGUGGUGCAGAGGAGGACCCCGAAUGCCUCAUUCUCGACUGGCAGAUGAUGGCGAUUAGCAGACCCACCCACGACGUGGCCCUGCUUCUCUUCACGUCCCUCACGCCAGAAACGAGGUCAGCCCACACGGAGAGUCUUCUCAGCCACUACUGGAAUGUUUUCCAAGACACCGCCUCCAAAGUGGGGGUUGAGCUACCCUUUGAUUUCGGGGUCAUCGAGAACGAAUUUAAAAAGAGCCAACUUCUAGCCCUGUUGCUCGUCAUCGGUUCCAUCGACCUAGCACUGGACUCUGCGGGGACGGAGCAGCGCCUGAUUCACGCCUUGAGGGACAUGGCAAAGGGGGACUUGAUUUAAAAAGAUGCAUAAUAAUGACAAACUGUUGUUGUUGUUGUUGUUGCUGCACUAAACUUUCUAAUAAUUUAUACAUAUACGAAUGCCAUACAACAGCUGUUAAUGGUAUUUAGUUGGUUGGUAAUACAUGCAUAUAUUUAAAUCUAUAUUAUUAAAUUAGUGGAUUGGACCUGAGCACAAGUGCAGAUGAAAUGAUGACAACUCUGUAUCAUGAAUCGGAAUGUAUGGUUAAACUUGACGUGCUAAGAAUAAACUGAUACGUUCACCUGAACAAUA